GGCCUGAGGCACAUUAACACAGAAGUGGAGCUCCUGGGACUUGAACCAGUGCUCAUAUCGGAUGCCUUUGUUGAAGUGGACAACCUGAUGUGCCACAACACAAUGGAAGAGUUAAUAGUUGAACUCCGUCUCUUUCUGGAGCUCUUGGACCAUGAGUACCUCACCUCGACCGUCAGGGAGAAGAAGGCCGUGAUAGCCAACAUUCUGCUGAGGCUGCAGUCGGCCAAAGGUUUUGAAGUGGAAGACCGUGCGCAGAAGCAGGAGGCCACCAGCAGCCUGCCGGCGCCCCCUCAGCUGCCUCUGCCCGAGAUCCCGCAGCCCUGGCUGCCUCCGGACAGCGGGCCUCCACCUUUGCCAACAGCCUCGCUCCCAGAAGGUUACUACGAGGAAGCCGUGCCGCUGAGUCCUGGGAAAGCACCGGAAUACAUCACGUCAAAUUAUGACUCGGAUGCGAUGAGUAGCUCCUACGAGUCAUAUGAUGAAGAGGAGGAGGACGGGAAGGGAAAGAAGGCCCGGCAUCAGUGGCCCUCCGAGGAGGCCUCCAUGGACCUGGUGAGGGACGCCAAGAUCUGUGCCUUCCUGUUGAGAAAGAAGCGCUUCGGCCAGUGGACCAAGUUACUCUGCGUCAUCAAAGACACCAAGCUCCUGUGCUACAAGAGUUCCAAGGACCAGCAGCCCCAGAUGGAGCUGCCGCUGCAGGGCUGCACUGUCACCUACAUCCCGAAGGACAGCAAGAAGAAGAAACAUGAGCUGAAAAUCACACCGCCGGGCAGCGACCCCCUGGUCCUGGCCGUGCAGAGCCGGGAGCAGGCUGAGCAGUGGCUGAAGGUGAUCAAGGAGGCCUACAGUGGCUGUGGUGGAUCUGUGGGUUCCGAGGGCCCCCCGCCAUGCAGCUCCCCAGUGCACAAGGCUGAGCUGGAGAAGAGACUGUCGUCAGAAAGACCCAGCUCAGACGGAGAAGGCGUUGUGGAAACUGGAACUACGAUGUGUAACGGGAAGGAGCCAGUGAAGAGGAAGAAAAGCUCCAAGUCAGAGGCCAAGGGAACCGUGUCUAAAGUCACUGGGAAAAAAAUCACCAAGAUCAUCGGUCUGGGGAAGAAAAAGCCAUCCACAGAUGAGCAGACCUCAUCGGCUGAGGAGGACGUGCCCACCUGCGGCUACCUCAACGUGCUCUGCAAUAACCGCUGGAGGGAGCGCUGGUGCAGGGUCAAGGACAACAAGCUCGUUCUGCACAAGGACAGGGCCGACCUGAAGACUCAUGUCGUCUCCAUCCCCCUGCGUGGCUGUGAGGUGAUCCCAGGCCUCGAUGCCAAGCACCCACUGACCUUCCGCCUGCUCCGCAACGGCCAGGAGGUGGCCGUAUUGGAGGCAUCCUCCUCUGAAGACAUGGGCCGAUGGAUCGGGAUUCUGCUGGCCGAGACGGGCUCGUCUGCAGACCCCGGCGCCCUGCAUUAUGACUACAUAGACGUGGAGGUGUCUGCGAGUGUCGUCCAGACGGCCAAGCAGACCUUCUGUUUCAUGAACAGGCGUGGGAUCUGCACCAACCCAUACCUAGGGAGCCACUCCAACGGCUAUGCCCACCCGAGCGGCACGGCGCUGCACUACGACGACGUCCCCUGCAUCAACGGCUCGUGGGAGCCGGACGAUGCCUUUCCCGCUUCCUGCAGCAGAGGCGUGGGAGAAGAGGUGCUUUACGAUAACGCAGGCCCCUACGAUAACUUGCCGUCUCCGAAAAUCUUUGCCCGCUCCACUGCUGCUGACAGAAAGGCCUCUAGGCUGCCUGCUGACAAGCUCUCCUCUAACCAUUACAAACGCCCAGCCUCCUGCAGCCCGCCUCCUGCCUCUCUCACUAACACUUCUUCCGUGGGGAGGGCCUCGGGCGGGCCGCACUCUCAGUUCAAGGGUAAAAAGCCCCCCGUGGCGUCGAGCGGGGCUCCAGGCAAAGGGAAGCCUGUGAGCAGUCAGCAAAGGAAAGCCGAAGUCACGGCCGGCGUCAAGCGCACAGCUUCAAGUGCCGACCAGUACAAAUACGGGAAGAAUCGCGUGGAGGCCGAUGCCAAACGGCUCCAGGGCAAGGAGGAGGAGCUGCUGCGCAGGAAGGAGGCCCUACGCAACAGGCUGGCCCAGCUGCGGAAAGAGAGGCGGGACCUGCGGGCUGCCAUCGAGGCCAACACUGGCAGGAAGACGCAGGUGGUCCUGGAGGAGAAGCUGAAGAAGCUGGAGGAGGAGUGCAAGCAGAAGGAGGCGGAGCGCGUGGAGCUGGAGCUGGAGCUGACCGAGCUCAAGGAGAGCCUGCGGAAGGCCCUGGCUGGCGGCGUGACGCUCGGGCUGGCCAUCGAGCCCCGGUCGGGGACGUCCAGCCCGCAGUCUCCAGUGUUGCGGCCCCGGACGCUGGAAAACUCGCCCAUCUCCAGCUGCGACACAAGUGACGCCGAGGGCCCCCUGCCCGUCAACAGCGCAGCCAUCCUGAAGAAGAGCCAGCCAGCCGCCGGCAGCUCCCCCUGCCGUGGGCAUGUGCUACGCAAGGCCAAGGAAUGGGAACUGAAGAACGGAACCUAAGCGGAGGCCAGCCCUCAGGGGCCCCAGGUAGAGCCUGGCCACCCGGCCCCUCGUCCGCACCACUGCGGGAAACUGCACCAGCAUGACCUACGGCAGGACGCACGAACAGCCAUGUGACUGCGUCCUGAUGCCAACUGCCGGGCCCUGGCCCACACGGACUCUCGCUCCUGUGUGAUGGUGCCCUUUAAAAAGUUUACUGGUAAGA